AUGGGUGUGAUCCUCAGCAUUCCGUCCCUCGUCAGCCCUCUCCUUACUCCAACAAACGGUAUUGUACUUAUUUCACAGACAGGACUGAUUCAUCUAGUCAGCUCGCUGUCAAAAAAGUUGGUACAAGAUACGUAUCAAAAGCAGUCCCUCAAGACAUUGGUAAGAAUCAGAGAAAUGGUGGGCGAAGCAAGAUUUGACCGUUUUCUUGAAGGUUUUCAUCCUCAGUGCAAAAAGGAUUUUGAUAUCCUUUGUCAAGUGUACGACGUGAGAAUGAAUCUAGGUGAUUCUGGUAUCGAUCUGCAUGUACCGCUUCCUGGCGAGGACUUAUUGUUUGAAGGGAACGGCUCGAACAGUGGACACGGAUAUUGGUAUGAUGGCUCGACCUCAGCAGCAUAUCCAACUGCAGUAUCCCCUGAAGAUGCAGUUUUCAGAGACCUGAAUCAAAAUGUAGUCAUUCUGGAUGAUAAAUCCAGUAGUAGCGAAAAUAUGGCAGAUUCUCCACUCUCUCUCAAAGACGAUGGAGCAGAUGGCGUGGGCUCGAUAAGCCAUCUCACUGGGACAGUCACUGAGAACUCUGGAAGAGAUAAUGUUCAUGGAAGAGGAGAGGUAAUGGGAAAUGGCCACAGAAAUUACAGAGACGUAUACUCAGAACAAACUUCUGGGAUUAAAGGAGUAUCAUCUGAUAGAAGUUAUACAGAAAAUAGAGAAGAACAUCUUGAAGUCGCAAUAGAAGAGAGGUCGGCGCCUCUGUCAGAAAAUAAAGACUCUGAGGAGAAAUCGGUGACUGUGAUAGAGGGAGAACCCCUGGAGGAAGGGACUGUGAACUUCAGUCGCGUUGUUCUAGAAACUGAGUUUAAGUUAAACGAGGACGCUGCGAUAAUGAUGACCAUCUUAGAGGAAGGAAACACAAGUCCUCAAGAAGAGCUGUGCUCUGAUGAAACUGGCACUGUCAAUCAUGGCGAAGAAUUCGCCGAGGACAAGGAAACCGGUGCAGAUGAUGAAGGCUACAGAAUGUACAACAAUAACUUUAUCAUGAAAGUUUUGACCGAUGAUGAAGAUUAUAAUGACGAUGAUGAUGUUGCCGUGCCGGAUGAAUUCACAAGAAGAACUCCUCGUCGUGUCCGCUUCGGCGGCGAGGUAGUGAUGAUGCGCACACCAGACAGCGAGGAGACAGCAAUUCUACAGCAAAAUGGUGACAGUUUAUCACAGGAUGAUGUCAACGAAGGAUGUUCUGAAUCUGAGAAUGGAGCUGUUGAAGAAAUUACUGCGGACGGUACUAUCGAAGCGGUCAUACCGGAUGCUAGACGGGAGUCGACCGUCUGUUCAAAAGAUAAUUCCUCACACGAAUCUAUAUCAUAUGCAAGAAGUGGCUCGAGAGGACAAUCAGCAGCACAAGAAAAACUAGAUCAUGCAAAAAGAAAUAUGUCGGAAGAGGAUUCAAGACGAGAUUCCUUAGCGUUUGUAAGGCAAGGUACAUUAACAGAAAUAAAACAAAAUUCAGAAGACGGCGCAAGGGAAGAUACCUGUGAACGCUCACUGAGAGAGUCUGUACAAGAGGCAAAACAAGAUUCUGUAGAGAAUUUACCGUCUGGUCCAGAUGGAGACGAAAUCACAAAAUCCUCAGUGGAAGGUUCUUUGGGUGACACAAGGUGCAGUCCUAAUGAAGCUUGCAAAAAAGAUUCUGUAAAAAGUGGAAGGAUUCUGGCGCAACACGCGACCCGAAAAUUGUGUGGCUCAACAGAUGCUGCAAGGCAAGAUUCUGCGGAAAAUGUUGGACAAGAAACGACAGAAGAUACUGAACAAGGCUCUACAGAAGAGCGAGUAAGGGACGUAACCGCGGCUGACGACGUUGGACAAAAAGAUGAAGAAAUGUCUUCCUCUCUGCAAAGUCACAUCCCGCUGCCUGUAAUCCCUGCUAGGAGCAAACCAAAAGACCGCAAGCGACGGGGGUCUCUUCAUCGGAAACGUCAGAGCAUGCGGGACUCAGAGACAUCAACGGACACGCAACAGCAAUCUUCAGAUCUGGCUGGAGGUACACGACUGAAGCAAGGCUCUGAGGAGUCUGUGAAUGGGGCUGAAAACGAUGGGCGAGCGUCGACGUUGUGGGCACCUGAGGAAUCAGACUGGCGAGGCGCAGAGCAUGAAUAUAAUGAUCAGAACUGGGAGGAGCUCGGAAUUGUGACGAAAUCGGUGUUGGACGAUCUCCAUGAUCAGGAGGAGUGGGUGUCUCGGGUUCACGGCAUCGAAAGCCUGUCUGCCGCCUUGAGGGACCCAGAGGUGCUGCAGACGAUUGGACCGAGCUUGCCGUCCAUCCUGCAUUGCUUGCUGGUGACCAUGGCUGAGGAUCGGAACCACCGGGUGGCCACAACUUCCAUCAGUGCCUUGCGGGGCCUCAUUGCCUCGCUGCCCCGCUCUGUUCUUGAAGACCACCUACCUCAAAUCGUGUUCGGCCUAGCCCGACAUAUCGGCGGCUCUGGCAGCGUGAACCUCAAGAUCGAGACAGUGCAGGUAGCUAAGCAACUGAUGCAGAUCAUGAAGCCCAACCCAGUGAUCGAAGUUCUACUCACCUCGGACUGCAUCGGAGCAAAAAGCUCGAAGAUGCGUGAAAACUCAUUGCUCUUCCUCAUAUACGCCACUCUGACGUUCCCAAGCACAGAAUUCCGUUGGGACGAGAUGACCGGUCGAGUGGCUGCAGCCGUGGCAGAUCCGAGGCGUCGGGUCCGACAGGCGGCGCUCGACGCACUGGCAGUGAUCGCGCAGUUUGCCACCCACAGCCUUCUUGAUGAGGCUGUUAAGGCUGUCGCAGAAAAGCAGCCUAGCUUGGCGACGAGAAUCGCCUACCUGGCAGGCAUCCAGGCGCGUCUCUCGAGGCGGCAGCUUCCCACAACAUCGCCCGACGGACUCAUCCUGUACGUUCUUCAGAUCCCAUCAGCCAGAGUCAGUAGCAAUGGAGGCCUCUCCAGCAAUCCAAUGGGAUCAGAUGUGGACUGGGUGCUGGCAGGCUCAGGAUCCUUGUCUUCCGGUUCUGCGCGAUCGCGCGGUCAGCUGGUCGCAGCGCAGAGGCUAGACCCUCAGGGGACACUAUUCCCGAAGGCAGAUGACACCUCAGUGACGCGUAUCAAGAAGGGGAAUCCCUGGACUGAGAGGAAAGAGGUCGUGGCGCCUGGGUUUGGCGCGCAUGUUCAUUCCGCCGGCCAGCAACGGAUUGUGCCCAUCAACCCCGAGAAGUCUUCGGAUGAACAGAGGCCUAGGGUUGGCGUGUCGUCAUGGACGACUGACUUGGACACUAGUCAGAAUGGCAUUUUGUCUUCACGGGACACAUUCCGUCCUUUAUACCUGCAAUUCCAGUCACCACCAGAUGUUGGUAACUUAAACAAUGACUCAGUAGAGAAAGGAAGUUUCUCCCUACUCCCGAAUAGGCUGUCACCAUCGAUGCUUACAAGUCCAGGCAGUGAGGGAGUAGCGCUUGAGAAGCUCAAUCAGACUUGGCCUCCGCCAUCUUCUGGACACCACUCCCCCCGGAUCCCAAAGACUUCAUCAAAGAGAGGCAGAAGAAUUCUAGAACCAUUGAACAGUUGUAACCCUCAUGAUGGUGUUUCACAUAGAGAGAUAUCACCUGCUAGAAGAGUUUCACCUGCCUGCAGGGGGAUAUCUCCAGUACCUAUAGCAGUAUCUCCAACACCAAAAACAGUCCUGCCUAUGCCAAUGGCAAUAUCACCAAAACCAAACAGCACAUCUCCCAUGCGUGCGGGUGUCAAUUCAGGUGGUCGACAUAAGAUACCGCCACUGUCUCCUCAUAGAAAGUUGGACCGGGUAGUGGAUAGUGAUGUGACCAUUACUUUCAACAGCAGAAGUUAUGAUACUAGUAUAAGGAAGCCCAGGAGAAGGAAACGCUCUACAAACAAAGGGAAAGGAAUUGUUGCCAUUGAACAUGAACCACUUCAAAUAAAGGAAGACGAAGUAGAGCUGUCAUCCGGCAUCAAGGAUGCAGCAGGUGAUACUUGCACCAUUCCCCAGAAACCUAUGUUGGCCAGGCAGGGAGGCCGCCAUGAUAUGUCUUCAGCUGGUAUGUAUUAUGAAAAUGGAAGCAAAAUAUCAAAUGGAUUGUUCACCCCACCUGCUGAGCCAUUCUUGCCUGCUGUGGACCCUUCAACACCCAAGCUGUCCAGGGCAAAAAGGUCUCCACAUCAGCAACAAGAUGAGCUGGAAUUCAAGAGUCUGGACGAAAAUGACGAGGCUUGGAAAAAUGAUUCACUUGCCUAUACACAUACGGAUAAUUCUGCUGUGUCAGCUAUGGAUACUUUUGAGGCUGAAGAACGUGCCAUGAAGUUCCACCUCCUGAAGGAACGAGAGCAGUUGGAAUCCAUUACAGUUUCGCCAUCUGUACCCUCAGCACCAGUUAUCAAUGAAAGCACUACCACCACAAAGGUGAUACAGCUUGACACCAAGAAUCAGGGAAGUGUUCCAUCACUCCACAACUUACAGCACAGCCCCCCCUUGCUGUCACAUGCAGAGAAUGCAGAUAAUGUGAACAAUGAUAAUCAGGGCUCACAGCCAACAUGCAACACUGGCUCUGUCAUUGAUCUGCAUCUAGAAGUGGAGGACAGUUUGCAGAAGAGUAUGUCAGUAGCCCCCCUCAAACAAAUGCGGAAUGUUAAGCGUCCAGUUGGUGCAAAGAUUCCAGCAACAACUCCAAGAAUAAUGCAGUUUCAUGACAGCACCUGCACAAAGCUGAAUAGUGGCCUGUUUCCUGAUACCUCGUAUCCUGUGGACAAGCCGAAGGAAGCCCUGCAACAAUGCUUCAUACACCUCAGCAGCUCAGAAUGGGAAGUGACGAUGCAGGGCCUGCAAUUGUUGGUACGUCUGAUGCGCCAUCAUCCUGAAACCAUCCGCACUCAGCUUCAUUCUGUUAUUGUGGCUGUGGGGAAACAAGUGCGCAACCUCCGCUCACAAGUGGCACGUGCUGCUUGUCAAGCAAGCGGAGAGCUCUUCCUGUCACAGAAAAGGGCUCUUGAGACUGAUUUGGAUGAACUUGCCUGUCCGUUAUUGCACAGAACUGCUGACACAAACAAGUUCUUGAGAGCAGACAGCAAUGCUGCCCUGGAUAAGAUGAUAGAGGUUAUCAGUCCUUCAAAAGCUGUUGCCGUCAUUGUAGGGAAGGGCAUAAGCCACCAGAAUGCCAUUGUACGAACUUCUUGUGCCCGAUUGUUGGUGAGUUUGGUGAACAGGAUUGGUGUAGAUAAAGUGAUGGCACACCCUGGAGACAUCAGGGACAAGAUCCUCAUUUCUGGCUCCAACCUGUUGACGGAAGGAAGUCUGGACACCAGGUGCUUUGCCAAACAACUGUUUCGAAUGCUGUCCAGCUACCCAACAUUUAAUUCAGUAAUGUCUGAAGUGAUCCCAUCACAUGUACUGAGAAAUAUCAGCAAAACACUCCAGAACUUGAAGUAAACUCCAUAAAAGAAUUAAUCUAGUUUUCGGAUAUGUUUGAAUAUGUUUCGUUCUCAAAAUAUAUUAAGUGCUCUUGUGUAAGUUUAUAUUAAUACCUUAUUAAUUGCUGAAUAAAGUUUAUGAUAAACUGAA